AUGGUUUUUACAUUUGUAGCUUUUGCUUACAUAGUUGCUUUAAUUAUUGAUGCAGUUUUAAUUUUUUUUGCUAUUUAUCAUGUAAUUGCUUUUGAUGAGCUUAAAACAGAUUGCAAACAUCCUAUAGAACAAUGUGAUAGCCUGAAUCCUUUAGUAUUGCCAGAAUAUGCUUUACACAUAUUUUUUAAUUUACUAUUUUUGACAUCAGGAGAGUGGUUUUCUUUAAUAAUCAAUGUACCAUUGAUUGCAUACCAUUUAAACAGGUAUAUGACAAGACCUGUAAUGUCGGGACCAGGCCUUUACGAUGCAACAACAAUAAUGAAUUCCGAUAUUUUAAGCAAAUGCCAAAGAGAGGGAUGGAUUAAAUUGGGAUUUUAUCUUUUAUCAUUUUUUUACUACUUAUAUGGAAUGAUAUAUUCUCUUAUAUCCACCAGUUAA